ACCAUAUUAAUAAUUGAUUGUACAUACAUAAUAGAUUACAUUUAACAAAAAUUACUGUAAAUUAUUAAUUUUCACAAGAAAUUGAUAACAAAUAUGCAAAUAUGUAUUUUACAGUAAAAAGGGUUAUAGAUAACAUAACCUUCAAUGUAAAAAAUUGCAACAACCAUUUAAUGUGAUUUGAAUGGGAAAAUCAUUAAUUUCAUUCGUGUUUGUAUCGGCACAAAGUAAUUUACACGAAAUAUAUAAUACAUAACAUCAUUAAUGUUAUUAUAUGCAAAUCAUUACACAAGUAACUGGCAAGUGAAAUGGCAUUUCUCCAUUGAAUUUCAGAUUUGGUCUAAUAAACCUUGUACAAUUAUGCAAACACUUGUAAUGAAUCAAUGGUUUUCCCUACAAAUGAUUGGCAAAAAAAUUCUAUCAGUAUAAUCAAAUUGUAUUAUAGGGGACCCACAUUCUAUACACAGGAGAGGCGAUGAAAGCAAUCUUGGUCAAGGUACAGAGAAUGUGUCAAGUACGAUCUCACGGGGCGUUGCUGUGUCUGGUCGCUUGUGUUUUCCUCCUGGUGACCACCUACAGCAACAGUGUUGCAGUGAUUGACACACUGUAUUUCCUGAAAUACUCAUCGCAAGACAUUGGAACGCAGAUAUCAGGCAAUCUCUCUCUGAACGAGCCACAUGUACCGUGGUGGGACGGCGGACUAUGCAAGUGUGAGAGGCAGGUGUGUGUCCCUGAAGGUCCAGUGGAGAGAGCUUCCAUGGCACGUGUUGGGGGCACCUGUGGGCAGCGGGCAUGGGAGGCAGGAGGAGGGCAGAAGGUCAUCUCUCUCUCUCUCUAUGGUGAAGAGGCCGAGUACUGGGAAGGUCUUGAUGAUAUACUCAGUAAGGUGGCUACCAUGUACCCAGGGUGGAUGGUACGUCUGUACACCGUCCCAGACACCCGCUCUGCCUACCUCUGCCCUCUUCUGAGUCGUCACCCGCACUUGUAUGUGUGUGACGUGGGGAACCUUCCCCUACCUUUGGGUAACAUCACCAACAUUCACCCUAUGAUGUGGCGGGUGGCGGCCUUAGGGGACCCGCAGUUGGAGACUCUGAUGGUCCGUGAUACUGACAUGCCGGUGAGUAAGCGCGAAUUUACUGCAGUCCAAGCUUGGUUAGCCUCGGAUAAAACCUUCCACGUGAUGAGAGAUCAUCCAUUCCACUGUGUGUCUAUCUUGGGAGGAUUAUGGGGCGUUCGCUGGAGGCAAGAAUUCGAGAACAGCAGCAUGAUAACUGUGGUCAAAAUGAACAUGCUGGCUGACUCUCUACACCAAACGAAUCGUGGAUACGAUCAGAACGUGUUAGGAAAGUGGUUAUGGCCGUUGAUGAAGGGACGAGUGCUCGCUCAUGACAGCUACUGUUGCAUGCACUCUGAAGGGAACGUUCCGUGGCCCACACAGAGGGAGAACGGCUCUUUCGUUGGUUCCCGCAGGUGUGUGUCUCGUUCAUGUGUUCUUCAGUGUGUCCUCCAGUAUGUUUCUCUCCAUCCAUGUAUCCUCCAGUGUCUCCUUCCCUGUGUGUUCUCAUCCUAAUAUCAGGUUUCUUGAUAGAAUUAUUCUUUCUGAUGUGAUUUUAUUUCUGUUGGAUAAGCUCCAAGACUGUUAUACACGGUAGGCAACUUACGGAUCUACUGCCUCAGCAUUACAUAGAUAUUUCCGGUAAAGAAAAUAAGCAUUUUCCGGUAAAUACAGGUAAAUAAAAAUAUACUUAAAAUGUUAGCAAAUGUUUUUAUCGGACGGAGUAAUUGAAACACAAGAAGUUAUUUGAUUGCAAAUAAUUGUUUCAGUCUUAGGUAUGGAUUUCAAGUAAUCCUUAAAAAGAUGUUUAUUAUCCGUAUUUGGAUAUGUUAGGGAAAGCUUCAGAGACACAAACACACACACACACACACACACACACACACACACACACACACACACACGCACACACACACACACACACACGUAUACAAGCUUCAAAAUAUAUUAAGAAUUAUCCUUCAUACAUUAGAGUAACUGCUGUUCCUCGGCACAUAGGUAGUACCUCUGCACAAAUACAACUGUUGUAAAUAAUACAAUUGCAACUGACAUUACUAAUGAAUUUUUAUUUUCACAAUAACGAGCAUCAUUUCUCUAACUGUUCCACUACACCAUCUGCUAUUAUUUAGUAAUCUUUUCUUGGCACUCAAAAAAAGUGUGUAUCAAAUAGCAAAAGUGUUCUUAUUCCAAUAUGCCUGAAUAAAAAUAUAUCUCUAAUGAAACUUCGAAAUACUUUCGUGACAAAAGUUACUGUUUAUUAAAACGUCAAUUUAACUUCACAUUUAAAUAUUUUCUUUCACAGUUAUCGGAAGAAGUACCGGGGUGAGACGCUAACUCAACGCUGUCCGAAAAAGUGCCGCCCUGUGGAACACCAAGACUGGAAGUUCUGUUGAUUGUCUCAUACUCUCUCUGUCUCUCAGUCUCUCUCUCUCUCUCUCUCUCUCUCUCUCUCUCUCUCUCUCUCUCUCUCUCUCUCUCUCUCUCUCUCUCUCUCUCUCUCUCUCUCUC